AUGACGUCUGCUGAGAAUAGUUCUCUGGAAUAUUUGCGAAAUUUAGUGAAUUAUGAUAUCAAUUCGAUUUUAUAUGAUGAUACAUUGAUUUGUUCACUACCAAAUAAUACAGAAGUUGGAUCAUUUGAAGUAAAGCUCACUAGAACCAAUUAUGGUGAUCGUCACGAUUGUAUUCAAGUAGUUGCUAAUAGUCAAGCAACUAUCGAUAAUAUUGUGUGUGGCACCACAGUGCGAGCAGUUGUAACCAAAGAACUUGUUACGGUUCAACAAGAACACACUGAAUAUGUCAAAUCAGCAAAUCCUAUUACUCGAAUCGUUGAUUUUAUAUCUGAAUCAACAGAUUAUGUGAUCACCAUUAAUAAUGAAGAAGGCAAAACUAAAACAAUCGAAACAAAACGCAUACCGAAAGAUCGAGCACAUGGGUUGAUUUUAGAAGGUGCGAAUCUUAUUUUACAACGUUUAAUGAUUCAACGUAAUAUGCCAGAAAAAGUGACACUUCUUUCGCUCGAUUCAUCCUCAGAACUUUGUCUUAAUGUUUAUACAUCUCUGGGCCCUCAGCAGAUGAACAUUGAUGGAAAGGAUAUCGAAGCAUGGGGUAUCCAACGACAGAUAUUUGAAACAAAACCAAACACUCUACCUGUUGCAUGGCAAAGUUACUUCAAUAUUGAUGGACGUCUCAUCUCACGAUACCAAGUUGGUUCACCAAUUAAAAUGAAAACAAACGUCCUGCCUACAACUGAUGAAUUCGAUGAAUAUUUACCAAAACCAGAAGUUCCAAAGAAAGGACUCAAUUGGGAAGAAGAUUUAGAAUUACGUUCGAAAUUCAUCGAUCGACGCGAGGAAUUGAUAGAUGAUUACAAAUCAUACAUCUAUCAUCAUCCCGAUAUCACAGCACUCAUUUCUGACUUUCUUCAAUCGGUUCUAAUAAUGAAACCAGAUAAUGUAAUCGAAUACGCAACUGAAUUCUUCGCUCCGUUCAACUCCCAAACUGCCGAUCGUGCUUUAUUUCGUUUUGCUGACGAAAAAAUUCCUGUACCCAAACCGAAUUUAUCAUUAAAAUAA